GGAAAUGAGAGGCGCAUACAUAUAUAUCGUCAACGAGGUUAACUCACAGGUUUCGCUACCAUGGUGGUUGUGUCUACUGCCACUUCCACUCUACCUUCUCCCGGCGCCAACCUGUCAACCCAUUUCACCAAUAAAACAAUCUGCAAGCCAGUCUCGCCCCUACUACAGUUCUUCCAACAAAUCUAUGGCUGCCCCACGAGACCCAGUAGGUCCAAAGUGCCGAACUCUAGUGGGGUGGUCUUGUCUGUUCGAGCUUACAUGGAGAAUCCCAACUCUGUCUCUGGUUUCGCCAACAAGGUCAUCGGCUCUCUCCCUGUUGUUGGCCUAAUAGCCAGAAUCCUGAGUGACGAAGGUGGCCUUGGCGGCGAUGUUAUUGAUUUCGCAGAGUUCAGAAGGCGGGUGGGCAAGAAGUGCAGCGUUUCUGAUUCUAGAGCUUUCUACGAGUUCCAAGAUCGACGAGGCCGGGCAGGGGAUCCAUUGUAUGUUCUACUAUGCUGUUGGUUAGCUGCCGUUGGUGCUGGGCUUCUCAAAUCUGAGGAGAUUUUGGAGGGGGUAGCGAGGCUUCGGAUUUCAAAUGACAUCGAGUUUGAAGAGGAGAAUUUCAUCGCCAUGAUGAAUGAGGCAAAAGAGAGACGUGCGAAGUCAAAGGUUACUAAUCCGCCCAUCCCAAUGGAGAUUCGAGUUGAGAAGGCUCUUGAAGCAAUCUAUGUUUGUUGCUUUGGGAAGGACCCGAUUGAGGACAUAGAUAAGAGUCUAUUAUAUGUCAUACUUGGUGCUGUAUUCCCAUCAGUUGUGCAAUCAGAGAUUCAAAGGAUUGUCGAUGAGAAGGCGAGGAGAGUAACAGAAGGCAGCGAUGGGACCAAUGUUGUGGAGCCAAGGCCUAUAACGAAAGAAGCCGUACAGAUGCAAAUGAAGGACCUCGAAUUCCUUAAACAAAACAAGGAUACUUAAUGAAAUUGCUCCCAGUUUGGUGACUACUAAUUGCAGGAGUUUUGCCUUUAUGGCAUUUGGCAUCCUCGUCAGGCUGCAAGUAGUCACAGAUGUUUCAAACUUGUGAUGUUCAUGUUUAGAAUACAGUGAAAUUGAUAUGUAGCCAUUAAAGCAGAGUUUUUUACCCUUUUGUUUUGUUUUUAAGAUGAACUCAGACAAGUUUGAGCUUGAUCUUUAUCUCGGUGUGAAUUAAUCUGAUUUAUCAAAAGUUAAGUGUUUCCUUUU